AACCGCACGCCAGCAAGAGCCGUCCCUAACGAGGCGGGACUAUCCCCGCCAAAUCAUGAACAAGGUGGACGACCGAGUCAGAUCACCGGGAACAUCACGAUGCCUGACCGCUACUACCAUGUCGCUCUCCAUCUCGCCCUCUAGCCCCGAAGAACCUGUUACGCUGGUGGAACUGACCAGCGUGCCGGGCGGACAGAAUGCGAUGGCUCAUCUCAAAAAGCGGAAGCUGGAAGCAGAGUCGGUCACGCAGAAUCCUAAACAGACGCAGCACCCGUCGCAACAACAGUCGCAGCAGCAAUUGUUGAUCGGCAAGAAGGGCCUGCAGACGGGCGCGCCGCAAGAGAUGGAGAUGGCCGAUGCCGCGACGAAGCGGAGGAGGAAAAGCGUUCGCGACGAUGACGUGCGAAAGGCGAUCGACGUCGUCGAUCCUAACAAAAACAUACCGCUGCCGCAGAAGAAGCGCGCGUUUACAUCAGGUAACUCGGGUAGCCCUGCGAGGAAGUCGAGUAAACACAGCGAAGAACCCGAGGACGACGAGACUCUCAUAAGGGAAACGGAAGCCGCCUUGAAGAGUCUGUCGGGCAGCUGGCCGGGACCCAGAGGAUCCCUGUAUCAAAGGGGCACUUCGGACGAGGAUAGAUACGAGUCCAACUUCGAGAAUCUCUUCGAGGAGAAGAAAGAGAAUCCUAAAUUGUCGCCCUCAUCGAUAUCAACGUCUUCGAGUACGAGCAACGACACCGGCUGCUCGUUGAAGGACGUAAUAACUCUUCGCGGGCAGCAGGAUCGAUCGGGUAGGAUGCAACAGCAGAAUAAGCAGCAUGAUGCGAAGCAGCAGCUGCACCCGAUGAAGAUUAAGAAGGACCUGGACAGUUUGCUGAAGAUAGAGAACGAAUGCGCGAACAUUCAGUCGCAAGUCAACAACGUUAAUCAGAACGAGCCGCCGAAAAUUCGACCGAUCUCCGUGCGCUCGUUGUCGAGCAAAGAGAGGAACGAGAGGAACGUGGUGGUGGGCGCGCAUGUUGACUCUCAGGGUAGGCAAUCGGACAAAUAUUCCAGAUACGAUCCGCCGGAUUUCAACGAGUUAGUCGAUGAUUCGUCCAACGAACUAGAAAUUGAUAUGUCGGAUCCGGCCGCUGACAAGGACGAGGGCGAUCGGGACCGGUCGAACGACCGGGAACGGGAUCGGACGUGCAAAAACGGUCAGUCGCCCCAAAACAUUAGUAGGCAGCAGCAGCAGCAGCAUCAGCAGCUUUACGCGAAUUAUCAAAGACAAUAUAACGAUACCAACAUGAAAGCCACGUCAACGGGGACCGCGUCGUCCUCAUCGCCGCCAGCGAGCUCACCGUUCUCGGCAACGUCCGCCUUCAGGCCGCCUAAUACGGACCAUUCGAAAGCAUCGUGCCGCGGCUCCUCGUCGGUUCCAGUGGCCUCUUCGACAAUUCCACCGAUCGGUCCGUAUCCAGCUGCCGCUACAUUCGUGGGAUAUCCGACGCCCGGGCCGACGAUGCCGACGCCGCAGCCUGUAUCCGGCAUCUCGUCCACGUCCGAGGACAAGUCCACGGUAUCAUUGUUGCAACUGAAGUCUUCGAAGGAGGAGAGUCAUCACGUGACAACCCACGACGUAGCCAACAAUUCUGUGUCUCCUAGCAAGAGUCCCACCAGCGGUCCAUCCUCCGUCACGAGUCCCGACUCUUCGAAACAGUACACGAUCCUUCAGCCCGCGGGGGUGGGCUCCAGAGCGGCUAGUGCGAUUCAGGAUAUCGCGCGGGAAGGAGUGGUGAGUGUCGCCGCCGUGAGCAGCUGCACCGCCGCGAACAACGGUAGUGCGGGGGGCAGCAACGUCAACGCCGCGAAUGCGAACGGCAACGGGGUGGUCGGCAAUAAAACUACCAACGGGAACAACGGCGCUAAUGACAGCGGCAAUGCUGCGAAUCCUGCCGGGAAUCCUAAUGCAAACAGCAUCGCCAGCAUAACCAUUACGACCGUGUCGACUACCACCACUACGUCUAGCCCGACAGUCGCUGCUGAUGUGCCUUCGGCGAACGGCCAGCAGGACAAUGUCAUGAAAAUGCCAGAGAGACCCGGCACCUUCGAUAGUGGCAGGCCGGGAAUGUCUAUGUCUCCGUCCAGUCUCGGCAGAGAGGGCAACAAGUGCCCGACCCCAGGCUGCACGGGGCAGGGUCACGUGACCGGACUCUACUCUCACCACCGCAGUCUUUCUGGAUGUCCACAGAAGGAUAAAUUAACUCCAGAGAUGCCCGGAAUACCACCAGAGUACAUCAGCACGAGUUUGUUACCUCCAUCAAUGGACACGAAGAGUUAUUCGCAGUACGGCUCCGCAACGCAAGACACGAAACCUGUACUGAGCAGCCUGACCUACGACUAUUAUUCGACGAAAAACGCCGGAAUCAACGUGAAGCCUCCGAAAACGCCGGAGGACAACAGCACGUCGCGUCCCGCGAAAGUGCCCAAGACGGAGAACAUGACUCUUAGCAGCAGUUGCUGCAACACAUUAUCCAUGAGGAAUCAAAACACGGGCGAGUUGCUGGUCCCGAAGACGGAGGACGCCGCGUCCUGCCGAGUGAAUUCGCCCCCGCCGCCGCCGCCUCCGGCGGUACGACAAACGUACGAUUCCUAUAUGAGCCAAGAUUCAAAUUCCUCAUCCAUGUCGUCCAUGGACGCGAUGGGCUCGAGGCCGUCCAUAGGCGCGACGAUCCAUCAUCCCGGCCAGCAUCCGACGCAUCACGUGCUACCGAUGCAGCCGGUCGCCUAUCCGAUGCCGAUGGUGGAGGACACCAGGAUGAGCCAUCAAAUGUCCCAGAGGUCUCCUUACGAGCCCACCGCCAUGAUGGCCGCGGCAGCAGCCGCGGCGGCCGCUGCGACCACCACGGAAGAGCUCUACCAUCACAGAUCAGCCGAACAUGCGAGAGCGUACAUGCAUCCUGGUGCUAGCAAUAUUGCGCGACCGGUGGUGACGUAUUCCAAUGACAUAGCCGGCAGAGGCUACGAGAACGCGGUGGUCAGCGCGGCCAAUCAUCGACCCUACGAUCCCGGUACCACCGCGACGUACGAGAGAUACGACACGCAGUCUUGCGCACCUAUCCCGUCUCAGCAGCAGCAGCAGCAACAGCAGCAGCAGCAGCAGCAGCAGCAGCAACAACAACAGCAGCAGCAGCAACAGCAACAGCAACUUCAUUCGAGAGCAAAUAUGUACUAUCUGGGACAAACCGGUAUGACGCCGGAGGAGCAGGAGCGAGUUUACCAUCAAGAAGCUGCGGCAGCCGCGCAACAGCAUCAGAUGGCGAUGGCCGCCGCCACGGCAGCCGGGAUGAUAAAGACCGAAGAUGUGAAAUGCGUUACGGUCGCGCAAAUGCAGCAGAUGCAGAAACCCGGUGGACCGCCUACCUCACCCGGCGGAUCGGUGAUGGAUUUGUCUACCUCCAGUGUUACGUCCACCAGUCCGCAGGCACCACCCUACGGUUCGAACAGUCUCAGUCCACAGUAUGGAGGAGGACAGACGGUGGGAAGUAGUCCUCAGGCUGCAGCGAGUCCCCAUUUGACGGCUAGUCCUCAAGUUCCUAGUCCCCAGGGUCAGACUCUCGAUCUUAGCGUCAACAGACUCCAUAGCGGUGCACCCAGUCCGCAGUAUUCCACCGGCCAUGGGGAAGCCGUCGCGGUCCCGGUGGGUCCGGGUUUCCCAGCCCCACGGCCGAUCGAGGAGCAGACGGAGCCCGUUGAUUUCUCAACGGCGAACGAGCCAGUCAAUUUCAGCGGGGGUCCGGGAAUCAGGCCUGUACCCGGGUUUCCGCCGCCUGGAGUGCACGUCACGGCGUAUAGUCGCGAGAGCACACCCGACAGCGGGGGUUCCCACUACAUGGACGCCUACCGAGACCCCACCGGUUACGGACCCAUGAGUCCUCAUCCAGGAUACGGGAUGACCGGCGUUCAACCCGAAUAUCCCGGAAACACGUACACCCCUUACCCAACUGCAGGUUACAACUGCGGUGGAACUUACCCGGGUGGCCCGGUGACUUCCGGUUAUCAGAUUCCAGCGGGUUACACUCCGGCACCGUGCUACAGCAUGCCACCCCCGCAGCACACGGUUGGUCCCCUCGAUAAACCAUCCGGCAAGGACGACAGCCUCUCCGGGUGCCCACGUGCCGACCGCUCGCAAAUCCAGGCGCAUUCCCAGGAGCUCAAGUGCCCUACGCCGGGAUGUGACGGUUCCGGACAUGUCACGGGAAAUUACUCGUCGCACAGAAGUUUAUCCGGUUGUCCACGGGCCAACAAGCCGAAGAGUAAACCUCGAGAUGGUCAAGAUUCUGAGCCCCUGAGAUGUCCAAUCCCGGGUUGCGACGGGUCCGGCCAUGCCACCGGCAAAUUCUUGUCGCAUCGCAGCGCGUCUGGGUGCCCGAUCGCGAACAGGAAUAAGAUGCGAGUGUUGGAGUCUGGCGGUACAGUCGAGCAGCACAAGGCGGCUGUGGCCGCCGCAACGGCCAUGAAGUUCGAAGGUGUCAAUUGCCCCACGCCCGGAUGCGACGGACUUGGUCACAUAAACGGCUCCUUCCACAGCCACAGGUCUCUGUCGGGCUGUCCGAUAGCCAGCCACGCCGUGAAGAAACCGAAACCGGAGGACAAUAUGAGCAUGUACAGCAGAGGAAUCACCGGGUUGGAAGCCGGUGGUCCGGCUCACGGGGGUGCGGUAGGCACGGGUCAGGGUAACUCGAGCGGUAGCGGGACCGCCGGUGUCCAGAGCGAGGAUCUCUACACACUGGAAGCUGAGAUCACCGAGCUCCAGAGAGAGAACGCCCGGGUCGAGUCGCAGGUCUUGCGCUUGCGCUCGGAUAUCACCGCUAUGGAGAAUCAGCUCAAGCAGGGAGACAAGGAAACCUCAUCGAUAUCUCAGCGCAAUAAUAAUCUAACCGAGUACUAUCAAUCGCUGCGCGACAACAUGAUUACUCUGCUGGAGCAGGUGCGAAUACCGAACGCCCCGGGCGGACCGCAGGAGAAGAUAGGCCACGAGAACUUCGACAGUUAUCUGACGAAGUUGCAGACUCUGUGCACCGCCGACGGCUACUGCGCCGACGAGAGCAACCGGCCGAUUUACGAGACGGUGAAGACCGCUCUGCAGGACUUCACGGUCCUGCCGACACCCAUCUGAGACCAUCCUUAAAGAUCGACGAUCGGGUACUGAGCGUCGCUCUCGGGACCCGCGCGACCUGCGAGCGAUCCGGCGUAUUCGUGACGUACGCGCGGCCCGGGUCGCGCAAGCCGUUCCGCUCUCGCUCCACCUUCGAAGUACGAGUGAACGGAACGGUGCCGCGCGAGAACGGUGCCCAGUUCCCGUAGAAACGUAGACGACGCAUUAAUAUAAAUCGACACGAGAGAGGAAGAGAGAAAAAGUAGAUAGCUGCACGCACGAGAGAAAGAGAGAGACAGAGGGAACUGCGUCGUCGUGACUGAGCUCCGCGGAUCGGCCUAUCGACCUGGAAGAAACCCGGCUUCGUGACGCGUGUGACUCAUCCGGAUGAUUGCGGCGAAUCCGGCCGGUGCGUCACACGUAUAUACCUACAUACGUACAUCGCUCGCGUGAAUUUCGGACUGCGUCAACAUCUUGGCCGACGUCAACUUCGCGAUCACGUGCGAUCGUCGCGGGUGACGACGUCGGGUGAAAGUCGCCGCGGCCGGUCGGGCUACGCCGCCGACCGGCUCGUAGGCUGCUUAGAAAAAAAACAAAAAAAAAACGCUAUAACGGCAUCUAACCGGUAUAAUGGGCUCGGGGCUCCACACAUCGGAGUGUCCGAACUUAAGCUAAACGGACUAUAUUGUUUACGGGGCGGCGUUGCCCCCGUAAAGCGCGAUAUAUCUUUUGUACAUAAUGAUGUCUGACGUCAACAAGUAUCACGAUCGACGGCGGCCGCUAUCGCCGCGAUAUAUGUACAUAUACAAAAGCGGAAGAAAUUGCGUUUAUAUUAUUCGACAGGUUGAUGGUUAAGUCGCUCUAAGUCAUGUAAAAACGAUUAAUUUAGCUGUAUAUCGGAUUCUUGCCAUUUUAACGCUGUGUAACUGUUAUUGUACCAUUUAAGCGAGGUCAACGCGCGACUCAUGAGGACUGCUGUGUCCAUCAAAAAUGACGUUUUUCUGCUGAAAACCCUGGAAAAAGGCUACUUAUUAAAUCAAUUUAUCGGCUAUUUACCAGCUAGUCACUAUUAUUAUUAUUAUUUUUAUCUCAUUAUUAUUAUUAUUACAAUUAUUAUUACCAAUACUGUAACUGUUACAACCAGCCAGAUCGUUUUUAGCGUCUAAUUCAAUCGUCAUUGCUACCAUUACUCUUACUACUGUCGAUAAAAUAUAGUCACGAAGUAUACCAACAUAUUUAUAUAAUAUUAUCGAUUCUAUAAGAAUGAAAAAGUGCGAUGCGUUGUCCAUAGGCUGUACAUAGUCACAGAGAUAUACAAUUAUUAUAAGGACAAGAAUCGCUGGCGAUAAUGAGCUGUGCGAUUUUUCGGUGGGACGACGAAAAAAAGAAUGAGAGAGAGAGAGAGAGAGAGAGAGAGAGAGAGAGAAGGAGAAAGAGAAAGAGGAGAGAAAAGAAAUGCUCACGAGGUCAUGCGUGGCCUCUUCAUUAACAGCUAUCAAUCAUAAGUCCGAUGUUCUGUCGAAUUUAUGCUUGUUCGAGACUCAAGUCGAUUAAAUCUUGAUCAUUUUAUCAAGGACAAGAGGAAGGAAAUCGUGCUUCGCGUUCCUUCAUGACACGGCACGACCAAUUCGGUCGGAGGAUAAAUAUUCGUUCGUAUGUGCAAUAAUUUCAGAAUGCCGUCGUCGCAUUCUCACUCCCCCCUGUAUAUUCGCGAUCACUUAUACGACCGCUUCGCGAUCGACACGUGUACAUUUGCAUCGCGGCGCGGUUAUUAUUGUUUCGUUGAGCUAUAUUGCGUUUCCUAUUUACGUUAUAAAACGUUUGUUUUGCCGCUGGAACGCGUGGAAUGCGGGGGAAGCCGCAGGAAUUUGUAAAUAUCGAAAGUCCGCGACUCUAUGACAAGUCAUACGAAGAGUCGUCGCUUCUCGUUGGAGCUGUAUGUGUGUUAUUAUUACUAUAGGACAUGCCAGAAAUUUCCGUUAUCGCUGGUUGACUUUUUACACCCACGCGUGUGAAGUCAAUCGAUCGACAUAGAUGCAAGAGAUUUUUAUCAAACAGUAUAACACCUAAAAGCAAAAUAAAAACAUAUAAUUUAACUGUAGAUCUAUUAUAAAAAAAAACAUAGAUAUAAUUGAAAGAAAAAAAUUUGAUAACGGGGCGCUUAUAGACCAUUACAUUAUCACAUGCGUAUUCAUUACAAUCAAUAUCAAUUGAACUGCCAAGAAAAAUGCUCUUAAUAUAUCAUAUGUAUUUUAGAUGAUUUAAUAUUUAAUUUUAACUCUCCUAUUUCCUCUCUUCAAAUUAUUAUCACACGCGGACUGAUAACGUCAAGAUUGUAAAAUCAUAAGAUAUGAUUAUUGUAAAAAUAGCAGACAUGUCGAUCGGAUAAUCAGUGAUUUUGCCGAUUAUGAAGCCGCAUUAUGUUAAAAUUAUAUUACGUUCGCUAUACAACUAUGUGUAUCAGAUGAUGUAUAUAAAGAGAAGGGAAAAAAUUAAUUGUUUGUCUGAGAUGCUGGUGGAUGAGACGGGAGAAGCCGCGUGCGGAAGAAGUGAAUAUACUUUAACCAACCACCGUGUAGUGAGAGUAAUAACAAAUUACAGAUAGCGAUAGUCGACCGACAAUUACGAAUAAUCUCGACGUUAUAAUUAUUCUUGUCACUAUCAUUGUCAUUAUGAUUACGGUUUUUCAUCGUCAAUUGUUGUGAAACAGUUUUUCUUUUUUCUUUACUUCGAGUUAGCGCAAUUGGCAUGAAAAAAAACGGAGACAAGAACGAGUGGAAAAAUACAGGUAAUCAACAAUCAACAGUAACUGCAUUUCGAUUUUGCAACGGAAUCCAACUUCCGUUGCGCCGCAAUUAAUAUACUCUGCGAUAUUCAUUAUUAGUAUCGUCAUUAUCAUCUACUAGUCUUGAAUACUAAAUUGUUAUUAUUGCAAUUAUUGUCAGUAUUAUUUUUGUGUUAUUAUUAUUAUUAUUAUUAUUAUUAUAUUUAUUGCAAUCAACUUAUUAAUCACUAUUAUAUCGUUACGUUUUCGUCACUAUUACGAUUAUGAUUGUUGCCGUUAAUAAAAAUCUACAGGUAUAUAAGUUUCAAUAACAUGCUUUAAGUAAGUAUAAAUGUUACUCCGAUUGAAUAAAGGGUAUUUAUCGAUGAAU